AACAGUUUUGAUAGGUAUUCGAAGGUGUGGUGUGUACUUCCGGUUUGUCAGACGAGUCGUGUCGUGGCAUGGUUGGUUUGUUUAUGUUUGUUCUGCUAGAAGAUAAACUACAAAAUGAAAGCUUUAAUUCUGGUUGGUGGCUAUGGUACGAGGUUGCGACCACUGACCCUGAGCACACCGAAACCACUGGUGGACUUUGGGAACAAACCCAUACUGCUACAUCAAGUGGAAGCGCUCGUUGAGGCUGGAGUUAAACACAUUAUCCUAGCUGUGAGCUACCGAGCCGAACAGAUGGAGAAGGAACUAGAAAAUGUGGAGCAUGAACUUGGUGUGAAAAUCACAAUAUCAUUAGAGACAGAACCACUAGGAACAGCGGGUCCUCUGGCCUUGGCAAAAGAACUUUUAACUCAAGAUGAUGAUCCCUUCUUUGUUCUAAACAGUGACAUUAUUUGUGAUUUCCCAUUCAAGGACAUGUUGUUGUUCCACAAACAUCACGGCAAGGAGGGCACAAUUGUGGUCACGAAAGUAGACGAACCCUCAAAGUAUGGUGUUGUUGUCUAUGACAUUGAAAAUGGUCAGAUAAAGCAGUUUGUUGAGAAACCUCAGGAAUACGUGUCAAACAAGAUCAAUGCUGGAAUGUACAUUUUCAGUCCAUCCAUGCUCCAGCGAAUUGAACUGCGACCGACAUCUAUAGAGAAGGAAGUGUUUCCUUUUAUGGCAAGAGACUGCAAUCUGUUUGCCAUGGAAUUACAAGGAUUCUGGAUGGACGUUGGUCAGCCGAAGGACUUCUUGACCGGGAUGUGUCUGUAUUUGACAUCUCUCAAACAAAAACAGCCAGAGAAACUUUACGUUGGACCCAGUGUUGUUGGAAAUGCAUUAAUAGACCCGAGUGCUAAAAUCGGUAACAACUGUAGAAUUGGUCCCAAUGUGACGAUUGGCCCGGAUGUGAUAAUAGAGGAUGGAGUGUGUAUAAAGAGGUGCACCGUGUUGAAGGGAGCUCACAUCAAGUCUCACUCCUGGCUGGAGUCCUGCAUCAUUGGCUGGAAGUGUAACAUAGGAAACUGGGUUCGAAUGGAGAACGUGUGCGUACUGGGUGAAGAUGUGACAGUGAAAGAUGAACUGUACAUCAACGGAGGAAGAAUUUUACCUCACAAGUCUAUAGCAGAAUCCGUCUGUGAGCCUCAGAUCAUCAUGUAGCCAGACAGCCGUCUCGUUCUUACCUCACACCGCAGCUUUCUUCACAGAAGUGGAGAGGACACAGUCAUCACCAAUACUGGCCGAAACUUACACUUCAUGUCCUGCAUCAAGACCAAGUUAAUACUUUCUGGAGUCCUUUGUUGGCAAGAUUUCUGACACAGGUUUGAAGGAAAUCAGUUGUACGAGUCACUUUUGCAUCAGUUUUUAAUGACUUGUUCGAGUUGGUUGAUUUUAUCGAGAUGGGUAUCGAGAUUGUCUUCAAAAGGAUAAGUUCCAGAAAUAUUUUCUAGUACAGUUGUAUAUGUUGUAAAAUCAUCCUGUUGUGCCACAAUAUCACCAUUUCUUUUCAUGUUAUGUCAGAUUGUGUUACCAUCAUAAAGAACGAGAAAUGAAAAUGUGUAUUAACAUGCAUUGUUAAGAAGGUAGAUGGUCAAUGUUAAUAUUGUUAUUUGUUGAUGGCAGGUUACACAGUGUAGACAAUCAUUGCUAGGCAGUUUCUUUCUUAGGGGUUUUCUAGCAGGUGAUCACCAUCAAAGUUAACCCCGUUUAUCCAGGACACAGUCAAUGACAAAGUGGUUGGACAUCUUUAACAUAAAAUUGUAGUGUAGCAAAUUGUUUUCAUAUCUCAGCUGAUUGCACUAGAAAUACUUUUUCUUAAGGAACCAUUGUUGGGGGUGGGGGGGGGGGGGGGGGGUGGGUGUGUGUGUGUGUGUGUGCAUUGGGUUGUGGAGGGAAUAAAUAAAUUGAUGUUUAUUUGGACUGGAGCUUAAUGGAACAUGACAUUAACAGUGUGACAUCUCUUAUAUAAGUAUAUUGAGAGAAUUUGAUUACUUCAUUUUUGUCAAGUUUUUUCUUCUGCCUUCUAGUAGGCUUGACAGAAGGAGCACACUUGAAUUGUCCAUUUUGUUUAAUUUAAAACUUGUACAUGCUCCGAUGUCUGUUAUCAACCAUCAUUUUAACCAUUAUUGUUAUUCGUGCAGUCUGCAGAAUUGUUUAAAAAAUGCAUUCUAACUUAUUGUAACAUUUGUAGCAAUAAUUGUAGGUUUUACUGAAUAUAUAUUAUUUAGGCAGAACAAAUAUUCUUUGGCAAAUUUUGAAUUGCACAUUUUGUAUGUUGACAUUGUUUUUGAUUAUAAAAUUGUUGAGUUUCAUUUGUUGUAUCAUUUAAGUUUGGUUAGUAAUUGUAUUAUUUGUUUUAUCACGGUCCGUUUUGUUCACUUUCAAAAUGCAUUGUGUUUUGUUUUCUCCUGUUUGUAACAUAUAAUAGAAGACAUAAUUUGUAUCAUUAGUCCUCUGCCGGUCCAAUUGGAGGGGACUAUUGGUUACAUCUACGUCCUUCUGUCUGUCUUUGCCACACAUUGUUUUCACAAUGCCUCGAGAUACUGAUCUGAAAUUCUGUGUAUAGCUUUAACAUGAUCUGUUACAGAUCAAGUUUGACUGUCAGGACAAUUUAUGCAUUUUGCACACAGUUAUGAUCUUUUGAACUUGGGAAAUAAUUAUUAAAAAAAUUCUGGACCUUUCUCCCCCACCCCCCGCAACACAAAUAUUUUGUGUAUAGCUUUAUCAUGUACGGUCACAGAUCAUAUUUGACUGUCAUAUCAAAUUUGACUCUCAUGGCAAUUUAUACAUUUUUCAGUUAUGGUCCUUGAAUUUAGGGAGAUAUGAAAAUUUGUUUUCCCCCCGACAUUUUCUUUUUGCAAUGCCUGAAGAUAUUGAGAUGGAAUUUUGUAUAUAGCUUUAUCAUG